ACAAAAUAAGUCUGUAAGAUUUUCGUGAUUCUUUUAUUAUCGUUUUUCUUGUCAAAAUGGCGGCGAAAACGGAUUUAUUAGAAGAAAUCCUACGUGGUAUAGUGAGAGAGGUGAACCAGAAAGGAAACCCGGCGGAAGCGCACUCCGUAAACAAAUUGGCGGCUGAUAUUUUUGGAUACCUUCAGCCACGCAAAGAUUACUUUUCUGGCGAAAUCGACUUCGAAUGCCUGCAGAGAAUCUUCCAGUUUUUGCGUGUCGUGUUCCAUACCGAGCAGAAGAAGUUGCAGCAUUUGGGAAUUGGAUGCAUGCAGCGGCUACUAGAAGAUGAACGAUUUAGUCCCAACAACUUGACCGGUGAAAGCAGGCAUUCGUUCCCGGAAAUGUUCGUAAAUGCGUUGGCUGAACUUUGCCUAGAAGGUUCCGAUGACACCGUUGUUGAAAUCUUGCGGGUUUCCUUGCAACUGGCUUGCCAGCCGCUGUGGAUGCAGGAUCCAUAUGCGCUUAUGAAGAUCAUCAUGUUUUGUAUGCAAGUUUGUGGAUUACGUCGGUCAGUCAACGUGAAAACUGCCGCUUCUGCCACCAAUGUCCAAGCCGUGACAUCGUUCUGCAAAACCGUUUUGAACAAUGCAAAUUCUGCCGUCGAUUCUGUGCUGCCUUCGGAUUUUCAAACUGUUCUGACAUUCUUUGGAGACAAUCUGGAAAAUCUGCAAAACUUUUCGGACGAUAUCAAAGGGAUAGAAGUUUUACGUACAACGUUAUUAUCCAUUUACACCAUACUGCGACACACAUCGAAACCGAUACAACAUCAUCCACAAUUUCAGGAAUAUGUUUGGCGCAAGAUAACUCCAGCAUUAUGCCAUUGGUUGGGAAAACCGGCGGAAAUGUAUAUGCAGUCGAUUGCGCGUCAUGUUCAGGCCGCUGCUGGAUUAACCAAUACCAACGACAUGGAAAUGAUCGAGAUCAAACUGAUUGCUCAAAUUUUUGUACAUUUGGCGCGAACGUACAGCCGUACCGAUUCCAUGCGGUGCGUCCUGGGAUCGCUCCUUCAACGAAUGGCUUCCGUUGUGUCUGUUCGUCAGCGUUUGUAUACUUUAAGUAAUUUAAUUGAGGUGUUGGAUUCGCCGCACUUCUUGGCCGAAUUAGAAGGACCAAAUGAUCAUGGUUUUAUGCCGGACACAUGUCUUAUUGCCAUAGUAUCGGAGACUCUAGCUAAAUUAGCUCGAAUUAAGCAUCACGAGGUGGAAACAGUGUGCACGAAGUUGGCGCUGGCCUUCCUGACCUCUCUGGAGCACCUCAUGGAAGGGACUGACCUGGCUGCCGAUCAGGUAGCCGGCAUCAACAACGCCUUCGCUCGCCUGGGCGACACUUCACCGCCAUCAGUGGAACAGUUGGAAGAGCAAGCGGAACGACUGGCUACGCAGUAUCAACUGCAAACGGCACAGUCUCUGGAGGAAGCCGGCGCCGGGGAUUUGGAGAACGGACGCAGCCGGCUGGAAUCGGUGGACAGUAUUGACGCCGUGGAAGAGGAAGGUGAGCGACGCGGAAUAGUAGAGGCGCAGACAUCCCUCGAAGAGAAAACUGAGAAGGCGGAAAUACGCUUCGGGUCGGGGCUGGAGACUAUAUGCCCGCCGCGCACGGAGCACGACGAAAUCGACAGUGCGGCUCGUUUUCUCAGCCAGUUGACGGUCAGUGUGCGGGGAAUGAUUAGCAAGAUCAGUACGGUGGAGGUGGACGAGGCCAUGCAGCAGUUUGCAUCGGAUUUUUGUGAAGAUGAAAAAAAUUUGUAUAAUGGAAUUCCUUAUGUGAACGCCGAUGCGGUAUAUGUGGCGACAUAUCAAGUCUUGCGGUUUACUGUCAGAGGACGCGAUAGCCGGUAUUACGGCAGACGUCUGACCAAGAAGUCAGAUGCUGUUCCGCCAAUGCCAGAAAAAGAAUUCAUCAGCGGCGUGCUGGGAUGUGGACUUCUCGUGUACAUGUCGCAUGCAUGGAUUCGGGAAGUUCAUCAGACUAUCCUCGAUGUUGAUAUCUUGUCUGAUGCCGGGUACAUGUUAAGCGAAAAUGAACCGCCCCUGAUUCAAACAAUACGAGAUAUCGAAGGCAUUGGGAGAGAUCACCCUUACCUGGGAGACUGUGUCCGGUUAGAAUCCGUAACCCGGAGAAGCCUGAAACCGGAGCGAGAUGCUGGGACAAAGCUGGCGCGUUAUCUAGUUGGACGUUGUUGGAAAGGUUUAGAAAUGAGUCUGCAAAGUGUAUUUUUGGAUUUGUUUUCCCGCACGAAGUUAUUGUCGAUUAAAAAAGAGCUAACGGAAGAUGUUUUACAACUGAUGUGCUCCGCACUGGGCGGUCUGCAGCGGUACGCUGACCUUUGUGCGCGACUGCAUUUGUUCGAUUUAUGCAGCAGUGCCUACGCACUGUUAGCGCGGGUGUGCUGUUCCAGUUUGUAUCCUUCCCCGUCAUUAAACACCGCGGUAACGCCGAACCCGUUGCUUCUGCGCCUUCAUCCCUGGAGCGUGUUAAGUAUUGAUGUUGUACUUCGAAGGAGCCUGGAGAUGGGUAGCCAUAAUCCGGAAUGUUGGAAAGCUUUUUUUACAUGUUAUUUAUACCUGCAUCGACUGGAGACGAAAUACCUUAUGAGCUCCAAGUCGGCGAGUUUGACGAAGCGAGAGCUCCAGGACUGCAGCUCCACGGUGGCCGAUAUCACAACGCGAUAUAUGGGGUCGGCAGAAACUAAACCCAGUGAAGCUUUGGAUGUUGAUCACUCUUACAUGGCGCUCGGUGCUUUGUUAAAUUCCCUGGACCAAUGUUUUGUGGAGGCGACGCAGAAGCUGAAUUUGACCAACCUAUGCAACUUCAUUCGAACUCUUGGCGGUGUACUUCUGCGCGUGGAUACUGAGCGCAUAAUGUUGAUGGAAAGGCUGACAAAUGUGGUCAUACUAUCAUCGAAAUGUGGCCGUCCACUUUUACAUGUGAUGAUUGUGUGGGCGACGGCUAUUCCCUUUUUGUAUCAGACUGCCGCCAGUCGUACCCCGGUUGUAUCGGAAAAAGCCGUUUCAAAUAUUCAUGCACUGGUCGCCGCGCUGACAUCUUCCGUAACGGAAAACCAGCACUUUCACUUUAAUGAACUUCAGUUGAAACCGUAUGAAAGUUUAGUAUGCACGCAAGUGUGCAGCACUGAACUUCAAGAGCUAAUCGUUUAUUCUUUGUGCAAUCUUGUGGAAACUUCCAAAUCUGAUAUAAAAUCUGGUUGGAAAAGUUUAUUUUGCACACUACGCGGUAUUCAGAUUGACUCCAAAAGCGGCAGUUUAUUGCAAGCCGUAAGCGACGUGUACGAGGCAUAUCUAAACAGUGACAGCAUCCGCAUUUACACGACUUCUUUAUGGGAAUGCAUCCAGAGCUUGUUGAAACUUUACCGCACCGCUUUGGAUUCUACCACUUCGGAUUCUUUACCGCUUUUGGGACAAAAUGCUCUGAAGUACAUCGGCCAUUCCAUGCAGCUCAUGUUUUCUUUGCAUCUUAUGAGUGAUUUUCCUGGACUCGUCGAAGCAGCCCGAAUUCGUGCAAUGUUGGCGCCAGUCCAAGAAAUUGAUUUUGUGCUUGCCAUAGCGUCAACUACGGAAAUGCUGGAAGAACAUCUUCUGGAACAGAUAUACGUAUGGAUUCCAGGGGAAGAAACUCGUUCGGAAAUUCGGACAAAAUUUUUUACGCAGAAACGUUCGUCCAGUGUUGACGUGGAAGCCGUGAUGGAGUCCAUGUGGCAAUGGAACGGCAAAAAGGGAAUUUUAAUGGCCGUCCAUAUUGUGGUGGAUGGUCUGAUUAACGGAUUGAGUACUUCAUGGAGUGCAGUAAAUUCAUACGCUGUCGAAACUAUCAUAGAAGUCCUGCGCAAUGGUGCCCGGCAAAAGCAGUAUACGAAUUUCUGUUUGCUGAUAAUAUCAACUUCCCUUGUGCCGGUUAUGCAAAAGAUGCUACGAAGGAAAAACUCUCGUCACGAUGGCCCAUUCCAGCAACUGAUUGGCCUGCUGACGGAACUUGUUGCAGAUAUCUUUGCCGCCAGCGCGGAAGACCUUGCCAAUGCGGAAUAUCAUUUGGAUGUCAUUUUUCAUUUCCUGGCCGAAUGCUUAUCCUGUUCCCAUGAGGCUACUGUUAAACUCGGAUCGUCAUGUGUUAGACAUCUGGUGACCAGGAUGGCAGAUCUUCCUACGACAGUUUGCCGGGAAAGCAUGGUCCGAAAUCUGCUAAAGGUGGUUCACGUAGCCUUCGUUCCUUUGCAAGACUUGAUGUCUUGCUACAGUUAUCACUCCAAAAGUAUCUACGGCGACACGGCGCAUAUUAAAAUCGCCGUAACCAAUGAUAGUUCGUUUAUGGAAAUGCAAAAGAUGCGACAAAAUGCAUAUCAGAUCUUCCUAACGGAACCCCAGCGCAAAAAUGAGUUGAAUGCCGCCAUAAAUCCAGACACGAGCGCGGCGGGCAAAUCAUUUGCAUUUUUGGUUUAUCCAUCCGAACUGGACUAUCAUGUCAGCUCCAAUUUAUUUUUGAAGCGAAUCCCGGUGGAUGUGCUGGUCAACAGUUUAAUGUGUGCAUUCCAGACGCUGAACGUGCUUCAGUACUUGUUGAAUUCCCACACCGAACCAUCACGCAUAAAGUAUCUUGGAAGUUAUGAACGCCUCAUGUUGUUGUGUAUAAUUCGUCACAUUUACACGCUGGCUUGCGAUUUCGACAAUCUGUCCGGAUUAAAAUUUCUUAUAAAACGCGUCUUCUCCAGCCCAUACGCCAUCAAUUUAUGCCAGUUGGUGGAAACGAGCGGAAAUCUUCACACUACGGAGCUAAUAAAUAUCCUUCUUCUGCAGCGCAAAUCAUCCAGCGGUGUUGCUCUGUUCUCCGAUUGUCCGGUUCUUAAACUGGAAGACGACAUGAUGUCUAUGGAAGCGAUGACCUUUUUUGAGCAAUAUUACAUAAAGUGGGCCGAACAUCUGGUGCAGGAAUAUCUGGCUACAGUUAGUAACAACGACAGAAUCAUAAGGCGGUGCGCUGCCUCUAAAGCGGAGACAACUCCGACUUCCAUCCCCGAGCGCCUACAGGAAACAGAAAAAUCUGAAGGAUCGCCAGGACUGGUUGAAGUGACUCUUAGCGGUACGACCGCAGGCGGUUCCGCGCCAGAGAUUACCGGUGUCGAAACGCGGAAACGGGUAAUUUUGGAAAUUGUUGAGACGAUUCACAGGGAGAUGAAAACUAUCAGCGAACGCCCUUUGAAUAGUGCCGAUUCCGGUGAAGUUUCACGUAAAAAUCCCUUUCGUGAAUCGGUGACUUCCCCUCUGGAACUGCCCAGUGAUGUGGCGGUAGAACUGCAAACUGCGAUUGAAGAGGAUGUGGCUAUAACAAUUUUGGCUAAAAGGCGGUUGAUUUAUACUGUUUUCGAGAUAGCUUCCCUACCGGACAGCGAACGGGUAUUGCUGGCUGUGGCGGUGUUGCGGUUGUGCAAAAUACUGCUGGAGUACAACUGCAGCCCGGACGAUGAAAUGUUGGGCACAAUUCAGAAAUUUUUAAUGUGGAUUAAGAGCCGAUUCUAAAAUAACGCCCCGAUUUGUUUUAUUACGAAUCAUCGAUUCAUGACCAACGUCAGCGCAGUACAGUGAAAUUAAA